AUGUCCAAAGUUCAUGAAUUUAACGUAACCAUGACUUGUGAUGGUUGUUCUGGAGCAGUGGAACGAGUUCUUGGAAAGUUGAAAGGCAAAGGUGUAGAUGAAGUUACUAUUAGUUUAGAAAAUCAAAGAGUAAAAGUUAAAUCCUCUUUGUCAGCAGAAGAAAUCUUGAAUGUUAUAAAGAAAACUGGAAAAGAAGUUACAUUCGUAUCUUCUACAUAAAUUUUAUGUAUAAAUAUAUUCUGCAGCUAUUCCUAUUCAUAAAUGGAUAAAUUUUAUAUUUUUAUUAUAGGAUAUGUUGUUUAUCGUUUUGGUUGUAUAUUCCAAUAAUUUUUUAUAUAAUAUAAGUAAUAUAUAUGUUUUUUAAAUUAUGUAUGAAAUUUUUAAGGUUUCAAAACCAUAUCAGUAUGAUAAGCCUUGAAAAAAUAAAUGUUUUAAUUAUGUAUAUAUAAUCAAGUAUUUAUGAUUAUAUGUAAUUAUAUUGACUUUUGUUUACAAACAACUUUUGAUUUGAAUAUUGUAAUGAAUGAUAACAUUAGAUAUGAAAUGUAGGAUAUAUCUGAAUAUAUAGUCAAAAUACCAUUUACCAAAUGCUAGUGUGAUAACUAAUAUGUAUUAUUUUCUAAUUAAACUUUGAAAUAGUUGUAACAUCUAUUUACUAUCACACUGUCAUAUUAUAUAUGUUUUUAUUCCUACAUAUUUAUCUUGUUGGUAUUCCUCAGUAUUCUCUCUUAUGUUGUGACUUGUCUUUAACUUUAUCACUUAUCAUUUAUCUUUCAUUCUCAUGACAUGUUUAUAUACCAUUUUAGUUUAUAAAUGAAGUUUCCUCUCCUCAAUCUAUCUUUGAUUUGUUUAACCUACAGUAUGUUUUAUAUACCUGUUUUUGAUAUAACUAAAAAUAUUUUUUUUUCUAUCUUACUCAAACUCGUCCUUGUAAAACUUCUAAUACUCUAUGUGUAAUUACUUCACAUGUUGUCUUUUUUCCAUGUUUAAUUGGCUUUUUAGGUUGACCAGUAUUUUCUCAACUACUCUAUCUAUAAUUGCUUUCUAAUUUAUUAAGCACUUUGUGCAUGAAGCCCAUAGGCCUGAAGUUCAUGAGCUUGGCACACAAGAAUCAAUUGGAACAAACUUGGGUGAGUUUUAUUUUUAGUCUAAAAUUGUAAAACAUUCCUCAAAUAAUUUGUUUCUGUUGUCGUCUCCAAAAUACUCGAUUCAUUAAUACAAAAUAAUACUUUGGAAGCACUUCUUUGUAAUUAUACUUUAUACUAAUUACCUUCUUGAGGUCUUUCAUAGUCUCUUUCAUUGAGUAAUAAUGCAUAUUCUAAAUUUGUUUAUCGACACAUUUUUGUAAAAGAAUUUUGUAUUGAACAGCUCAAUUGUGAUUCCUUUUUAAAAACAAUGCAAAUGUAAAUAAAUACGUACAUAACCGCAAUUCUACAGUUUGUAUUUAAAACGCAAUUUUCAAAAAUUUAUUUGGUGUUUGAGCAUUUUGCCCUUUUAUCAUUACUUUUUUACUAUAACUACUAUUUUCCCCCUACGAUAUCAUUUUUUGCUCCCAAUAUUUUUAUCAUUUUAGUUUUACUGUAAAAUCUGUAUCCAAACUCAUCUUUAAUUAAUAUUCAGAACUUUUCCUAAUUAUUGUUUCGUGAUUUUUGGAGCAUCUUUUACAAAAAAUGCACUAAAUGCGACGUUUUGUCCGUCCGUCCAUCUGUAGCAGCGAUGUCUUCUUACAGGAAACAUGUAGCGAGCUCGUUUUUUUUAUGUUUAACUUAUGUCUAGCUUCAGAUGUGCUGAAACGAAAGAAGUUUUGAGAAUUAUUAGAAAAAAAUUAAUCAAACCAACCAAAAUGUGAUUUUAAAGAUAGGUAAAAAUUUGACGUUUCGAACCUGUUGCGGUCUUCAAAAUCAAAAUAUUAAUUGACAUUGACAACUUGCAAAAUUAUAUUAAUAGAUCACCUACAACAUGAAUAUCAAAAUAAAAAUAUUUUUUAAACACAAUUUUUGUUUGUUUGUUAUUUCUCAAAAAUAAGUAAAAGCUAUCAAUUGAAUUUUUGUAGUUGCAUUGAUAUUCAUGUUGUAGGUUAUCUAUUAAUCAAGAUAAUUUUGUAAGUUGUCAAUGUCAAGUAAUAUUUUGAUAAAGACCGCUAUAGAAGUCGAAACGUCAAAUUUUCAUGGAACUUCCUUUCAAAGAAAUAAGUAUUUUUUUUAUAAUAUUUACUGAUUGCUAACUGUGCGUUAUAGUCUCUCGCGCCGAGAAUGCGACGACUUUUUUACUUGAUUUGUCAGUUUCCUUGUUGAAUAGAAUUUAGUAGACAAGUUUCUAUAUUUAGAUGUAACUGUUAUCAAUGACUUUAUUACUACUCUUAAUAAACUCAAUUCUAUAAUCUUUUCAAAGCUGAACAUUGUGCCAAUAUUGUAAAUUUAUAAUUGAAAACAAAUCUCUACUCUCACUCAUAAUGUAUUUGAUAUGGUGCAUUUAGACAUAACCUUACAAAUGUUUUAUACUGAUCCGAUUAUUCUACACUUCUGAUUGGCAAUACUAAUCUUGAAUGACAUGUUUACAGUAUCGUAUUCCAGGCCUGCACCAUUCUGUUUCUUCUAUCGAUGGGCCAUUGAAAUGAAAAGAUUCCGAUUGAGAUUGGAGGUACCCGUUUACAUCAAACAAACCUUUUCAAUGUCCAAAAUUCAACGGGAUUGAAAAUAAUAUUGUGAAAUGUGAUUCUACACAAGCAUUUAGUGGAAAACUAUUUGUUUGUAUGCAGAUAUCACAUAAGAUUCUUUAAAGUUUUUAUUUUAAAUAUGUUGGAAAUUGAAUUAUGUCCGCGUCUAAUAAUUGUUACCUCAAAUACCAGCUUAUAACAGUUUGCAAGAUUCCAAUAAUACGCCUCGAAUUUGGAACACCCGGUACAUAUUUGUGUGUCAUAUUAGUAAAAUAAUAAUACAUAUUCCGUACUGCACGUAUUAAUACAAUCCUCAACAGAUUGUUUGCAUCCGAAUCAUUGACGUAUUUCAAAUGAUGACGCGAAUUAAAUGAAUGCGCGACUUUAGUUUAAUAUUAUUUUGACAGUAUAUACACCAAUGAAUUUCAAAUUUCGUUGAAGUUAGUUAGCCAAUAAAAAUUCAUUUCAUCGCAAUAUUACAUACAGAAGGCAGUUAAAAAACAAUUCAUGACCCCUAGCAACAAAACAAA